AUGGUAAAAACACUACCACUAGUCGGUUUCCUAACUGUUUUACUCACCUGGAAAUCAAGUGAUUCUACCACCUAUAGGCUGACUAAUGUAGUUUGCGACAGCUAUAACAAAUCGUGGGUGCGGAUUAACGAGUGUCGUUUGAAGGCUAUCAAUCGAAAUAGGGUUAUUUUCAACUUUAAUGGCACCUUUGUCAAUCCCACGAAUAGCAUUACGAUGCACAGUCGAAUGUUCAAAAGGGAAAGUGGAUAUAAGCCAUGGCUCAUAGACACCAAGAUCAAUAGUUGCCAGUUUAUGAUAAAGCCCUAUAAUCCCUUCGCUCUAUUUGUUUAUAAAUUGUACAAGGACUUUUCCAACAUAAAUCACACUUGUCCAUUCUACGGGGAUAUGAUUAUAAAGGUAAUGUAUCUAAGGCCACAAAUAGAGGCCCUGCCGUUUCCCUCUGGUGAUUAUUUGCUGGCCAUCGAAUGGCUCUUUUAUCGAAGGCCGCAAUUUUCAACUAACGUUAGUUUUCAGUUUGUGAAAAAUCUGAUAUGA